GUUCAAAAGAGUCAGGAUCAGCCUGACGAAUGAUGUCAUUACUAUGUCUCUGAAUUCUUUGUCUGCAUACCUUUCUGUUUGUAUUUUCACAUGUAUAGUAUACAUACAUGUUAGAGGCAUAUAUUCGUACGGUUCGGAAGGGGUGUUAAUAGCAAAUACUGUUGAUGGUUCGUUCAUCGGCUUAGAUAUAAGAAGUGGAAAGUUGUUUUGGAAGAUAGAUGGCCCUCCUCUUGUUUCCCAGAGCUUGAGUGAUCUCCAGCUCAUAACAAAAACGAAAUCAUAUAGUAUUGUUCCUUCUCUUGAUGGCCAACUUUUUUUGAUGGAGAGAACGCUGACAAAUGGCUCAGAUCUAUUAGGUGGUGCAUCACUUAAAGCAUUACCACUGAGCAUCGACUCUUUAUUCUCUUCAAAUUUUAUGCUCACAGAAGAUUCACUAUUAACUGGAGGACGAGAACAUUCAACAUUCGCUUUCAAUCCUAACAAUGGCAAAAUCAGAUAUAAUUGUACUCGUGAUGGGUGUACUAGUACUGAUGUUGAUAAAAAGUUGGUUGACGAACCUCCAAAUACAAACGAUCCGACCAUUAUAGUAUACAGAGUAAAUAACGUAGUCCGCGCUGUAAGUGCUCCAUCGGGGGUUGAAAAGUGGAAUUUGAGCGUUCAUCAAUACGAGCUUUGCCUGUUAACUGGUGGAAUUCCUACCCCAACUACUGCUGUGCAGAAGACUUCACCUAUUUGUAACUUACCUUUGGGUACUCCACAUGCUCACAAAAAGUUUGUGGAUGAGUCAUUUAUUGAUAUGGAAGAACCGGAUUGGGAUAUUGGACUAGACAAACAUACAAUAACUGCAAGAACGAAAGGUUUACAGUCUGAAGAAAUAUGGUCCUACAACUUUAAAUCAAGGAUUUCAAAAGCUUGGAUUUAUCGUAGGGACCUACAAAAUUUAAGACCAUUGUCAUUGUUUAUGUAUGACAGAGUUGCCUUACUAUUAAUUGAAAAGGUGAAUGAACUGGAAAAAACAACUGCCAUUUCAAAUUUUGGAUCAUUAAAAGGAAAGGGUUUGGAUCUGUUCAAUGGGAAAUAUACUCUUUCCUCAUCACGUAAACAAAAACCUAAAUGUCCAUCACGCGAUCGUCUUAUUUAUCUUGGUAGCUUAAAUGGUCAGCUAUAUGUUCAAACUGAAGACGGUGUUGAUCUUCCCAAUCCGGAAAUGAUAAAUCUAUCUAAAAGUUUAUCUAUACAUUCGGCUGAAUCACUGAAUAAUCGUCGUUCUGAUUUAACUGGCUACUAUCAAGCAUCCUAUUCAAAAUCGCCCAAAUUAGAAAAAUAUACACAACCAUUUAUUUUAUAUGAUAGUGUUGAAGAAACAAUUGAAAAAGCUACCGCUUUAGGAUUUCCAAGUAAUGUGGGACGAUUCAAGCCUGUACAUGAUUUUCAACCGGAAACGAUACCUGAAAAGACUGUAACUUCGACUGAUAUUGAAAUGAGUGACACUAGUGGUAUACCAGGACAAUUUCUCGGCAGUGCAAACGAUUUACUUAUGCUCCUAUUACGUGCCAGUGAGAUUGCUGUAAAUCAUUCACCGUCUGGUAUUGAAAGUAGUAGGUCGUUAGGAUUUAAUCUGUCUACACAUUUCAUGCAAUUGUUAGUUUUGACUGGAGUAAUUUAUUUUACGGCACAUUGGAUAAUGAAUGUGAAAAUUAACUAUGAUACACAGUUGAAAAACUAUUCGUUUCAGUCUGAGUCAUGUAAUUUGGAAUCAGUUGUUGUCAAAACACAUAGUUCAUCGGGAGAUUUGUGUGAUUCACCAAAAUGUCCAUCAUGUUCAACUCCGAAUAAUUUAACAUCAAAUCCUUCAUGUCAUUCUCUGUUUAAUACUGCCAAUAUGCAACCACCUAGUUUUGUUUCAUCAUUUGCAACAGAUUUCAAGUACAUACGUCGACUUGGACGUGGUGGUUUCGGUCAAGUGUUUGAAGUUGAAAAUCGUCUUGAUGGUUGUCGUUAUGCUAUCAAACGUAUUAAAAUGAACGAUACCGACGAUGAUAAAAAUAUAUUUUUACGAGAAGUAAAAGCUUUAGCUACACUUGACCAUCCAGGCAUUGUCCGCUACCAUCGGGCUUGGAAGGAAUAUCCUCCUGCUGGUUGGCAAGAGUCACAUGAUGAAUUAGUACUCGGUUUAUCUGACGACUUAACUUCCAGAAGCGGCGACUGUACAGAUUGUGAGAACAAUGAGAAUUGUCUAUCAAAUACUCUCUUUUCGUCAAAUAUCGAUUCGCGCCAUUCAAGUGUAUCGCUUUGCGUAGAUAAAAGCUCAAUAGGAUUGAAUGAGUCUCAUCACUCCAGCUAUCGAAAGCUUUCAAAAGCUUGUUUGGAUGACAGUCUUAUCGUUUUUGAUCAUCAAAUCAGUACCGAAACAUUUUCAUUAGAUGGUUCAAGCCUUGUAGAACAAUCCAUCAAAGAUAAAUCUAGAAAUGAAACUAAAUAUACAUGCUACUUGUACAUUCAAAUGCAAUUAUGUUCUCCAAUAAGUUUACGUGAUUGGCUUGUUUCUCAUAGUAUUCCAGAAUCACGUCCACCACGAGUUGAAUUGAUUUGUAUGUUUCGUCAAAUUGUUGAAGCUGUAGCUUAUUUACAUGAUCAUUCUUUAAUGCAUCGUGAUUUGAAACCUUCAAAUAUCCUGUUUGAUUUAACCAAUCGUCUUAAACUUGCAGAUUUUGGUUUAGUUACUUCUAUGGUUGAUGAUAAAUUAAAUCAAUCAGACAGCUCUUGUAUUAAUUGCAAUAAACAAGGGGAGCAGCCUUCAUGUUCUUCAGUGACUACUAUUGUAAAUGAUUUGAAUGGUGAAUCAGAGCAUAAUAAUAACAAUGCCAUUAUCGAUCGACAACUAUAUCCUUUGAAAGAAAUUAGCACUGCUCAACAAAAGCGUUCUGUAAUGACACGUAGACAUACUGAUCACGUGGGAACAGAUCUAUACAUGAGUCCUGAGCAAGAACGAGGGGAUAAUUAUAAUCAUAAAGUGGAUAUCUUUUCAUUGGGACUGAUAUUUAUCGAAUUGUUGAUAAUAUUUAAUACAUCAAUGGAAAGAAUAUUUACAUUGACCCGUGCAAAACAUCAAAAACUUCCUAGGGAAUUUACAAUCUGUAAUCCAUUCGAAGUGAGUUUAUUUCUAACCAUGUUGUUUUGAUGAUAUUUUACAUAAAACAAGACAAAAAUAUUUGUUUUUUGACAGGAAGUUAAAGUGUUUCAUUAAAGAUAUUUUUGCUAUAAAUUAGGAUUUUUAAGGUUGACAAACAAUUUCUUGAAUAUCAAAAUAAAAAGAGAAAAAUAAAUACUAAUCAAUAAAUGAUAUUCUGUGAUCGAGGGAUAACUCCUCGAAUUACUGAAUUAAGAUAAAAAAACAAAUCACUAGCCAUAGGAAUUUGUUUUCUACAAUCACUUGCUUAUACACAAAUUAUUAACACAAAAGUAAAUAUGAUCGAAUGAUAUAAUUAAGUGGUUAAUAUCAUUUUUGUAGCCCCUUUACUCUCAAAUCAAUGAAUUCGCAACUACAAGGCCUGAUUCUAACUCGUCCUAUCAACUCUAUAUUGAUUAAUUGUGCUGGUUUGCUUUAAAUAUUUUAAUUUGGAUUUAUAUAUUAUUCCAAUUCACAAUUAGUAUCGCUCACACUAUGGUAUGGAGUUCGAUUCUAUCAUUGUGUAUGUUCUUAAUACUUGAUCAACUAAAGAGUUCAGAGUGAGAAGUCCAAUGUUGUAUUUAGAGCUUUGUUAUUCAAGGCAGGAUCGAUUUGAUUUUUUUAAAUACAUGUAGUCAUUGACCUUUGAUAAGUAAAUAUUUUGCUUAAACUAAUCUCCUACACUUGCAUUGAAACAUUAUAUAAUUUGUUUGUUUUUUAACUUACUGACUUAAUAGCAUUCUACUAACUUGUUGUAGGAUCCUUAAUCUUUGUUUGGUUGAGUGGUUUGUGAAGAUAUCAACUUAACUUGAAGAUGGUUAUUGUCAAUACAUGACAAAAGCUAUCUUUAGAUUGUUAUACUAUUAUGAUCAGCUUAUAUGUGCUUCUUUGUCAAACUGAUCAUUAUUACACGUACAGUUUUUCCUGUAUUUUGGUGACCACUGAGUUAAAGUAAUACACUCAUUCAGCUUAAUCUGAACAGUCGGCAUAAUUUUUAGCCUGUAUUAUAAAGCUACUUACUGAGUUCAGUAUGUAUUUUUUAAUUAUCGAUUUUUGUAUUAUUAUUUAAUUAUUUGUUGAUGAGAAUUAUUUCUGUUGACGCCUAGAUUAGUUAAUUAACUUUUACUUUUUACACGCUUGUUUCUUUUUUUACAAAUUUUCUUACAAAAAUUGUCUGUUCAAGCUCUUCACAUGAUAGAAAACGAUAUCGUACGAUUCUAUCAUUCUAUUGAUAGUCUAUGAUUCAUUAUGGAUCAGUUUUGAUAUGUUUAAGUUUUUAAUUUGUUAACGUAUAACGGAAACAGUGGUAUUACUAGUCAUCUAUUCUACGGUUAUAAAAAUAGACUCUCUCCCUCUUUCUCUCUCUGGCACAUAUUUCCACACGGAAUAAUUUGGAAAUCCUAAUUGACUAUGUCGUAGAAUAUCUAGUUCGUUUUUUGAAUCCAUUUAGACAAUGAUCGUAAUCUUGAAUGUCUGACAUUCCAAUUAUUAUCUGAGAAACAUUUUUUCAAAGUUUCUUUACCCUAAUGAUUUUAAUCAAAGUUUUUUAAACAAUAUUUUCGUCAUUUACAUUUAUUUAGACUGAGUUCGUUCUCAAACUUUUGGAUUACGAUCCAGUCAAACGUCCUGACGCUCCUGCAAUCUUAGAUAGUGCACUUAUUAAACAAUCUGUUUCAUAGCAGCAAUGAUGGGGUAUUCAUUUUUUUCAGUACUCAAAGUACAAAGUUAUCAGAUUUCUGUUGUUACAUCUUAAUAUAUUUGUUUAUAUUUUAAUUUGAUAGCCUCUCCUGUGAUCUGUAAAAUAAAUGUGUUUUUUAUAC